AUGGAGGACAAGCCGAACGAUCCAGAGGUUUCGGUUGCUUUCAAUGGCCGAAGCUCGAGUCCUUCCGCAAGUUCUUCUAUUGCGAAACAAGAAGCUAUCAGAGAAGAAACCGCACGGGGCUGGGUCAACGAGGGGAAAGAGACAAGGAAGGUCAAUAACAAACUCCGAAAUCCGUUAUCUGAUUUGACCAGAGAAGAACUGCUCCGCGAUGUCGAGGAGUUCGCCAUUGAAAAGGGGCUGACUGAUAUCCUCGACGAUCUGAAAAACGGCGCUCUGAUCUCGCAGGACCCAAAGUCGUUUGAGCAGUUGGAUGAUCUAUCGGAAACAGAAAGAGAACUGCUCCGUCGGGAGAAAACGCACAGAUGGCAUCAACCCUUCAUGAUGUAUUUCAUGACUAGUCAGUGGACGUCCCCUGCGUGUGCCAAAUGGGGUGAAGAAUUGACAAAUUUUCCAGUUCUUUGUGCCGGCUCUGCCAUCGUCCAAGGUAUGGAUCAAACCGCAGUAAAUGGUGCCCAGGAGUUCUAUUUCGCAGAGUUCAACGUCACAAACGUCUGGCAACAAGGCCUGCUUAACGGGGCGCCAUAUCUUUGCUCUGCGGUGAUCGGUUGCUGGACGACAGCGCCUCUAAACCGCUGGUUCGGUCGCCGUGGAUGCAUUUUUAUCUCAUGUCUUAUCUCUUUUGCAAGCUCGUUCUGGAUGGCCGCGGCGCACACUUGGUGGAACCUUCUCCUUGCUCGUUUCUUGCUAGGCUUUGCGGUUGGCGCGAAAUCCACAACCACACCUGUGUACGGAGCGGAAUGCGCUCCAGCGAAUAUUCGUGGAGCUCUCGUCAUGAUGUGGCAGAUGUGGACUGCGUUUGGCAUUAUGCUGGGCUACAUCGCAUCUGUUGCUUUCAUGGACGUAAAGGUUUCUGGGAUUCCCGGCUUUAACUGGAGAUUAAUGUUGGCCUCCACGGCAAUUCCCCCAUUUUUCGUCUGCAUCCAAGUAUAUCUGUGCCCCGAAUCUCCACGAUGGUACAUGAUGCGAGAUCGGUACCAAAGCGCUUACGACGCACUUUGCAAACUUCGACCUUCUCCACUUCAAGCUGCUAGAGAUUUGUAUUAUAUCCACGCUUCGCUGAGAAUAGAACAAAAACUUCGCGAGGGUAAACGGCUCUGGCGUGAAAUGUUCGGCAUUUCGAGGAAUAGACGAGCUGCGCAGUCGUCCUUCUUCGUCAUGUUCAUGCAACAAUUUUGUGGUGUGAACGCCAUCAUGUACUACUCCUCGUCGAUGUUCAGAACCGCGGGCUUUUCGCGACGCGACGCUCUUAUUACGUCCUUGGGCUGCGGCAUCACCAACUGGAUAUUUGCGUUGCCUGCUGUGUACACCAUCGAUACCUUUGGCCGCCGAAAUCUGCUCCUAACCACUUUUCCUCUGAUGUCGCUUUUCCUGUUAUUUACAGGAUUUUCCUUCUGGAUCCCAGACUUGCAGUCACGAACUGCCUGCGUUGCGACAGGAAUUUACCUGUUCAUGAUCGUAUAUUCGCCUGGAGAAGGCCCUGUGCCAUUCACUUAUUCAGCUGAAGCAUUCCCCCUGUAUAUCCGCGAUAUUGGAAUGUCAUUCGCAACAGCUACCACCUGGGGUUUCAACUUUGUUAUCUCUCUCACCUGGCCCGCUCUGGUCGACUCCUUCAAGCCCCAAGGAGCAUUCGGGUGGUAUGCUGCGUGGAACCUAUUCGGAUGGGUCUUUUGCUAUUUCUGCCUGCCAGAAACAAAGGCGCUGUCACUUGAAGAAUUGGAUCAGGUCUUUUCCGUCCCGACAACAGCACAUAUCAACCAUUAUCGUGCCAUGUUGCCAUGGUACUUUAAGAAAUAUAUCCAAAAAGGAGACGUCCCGCCGCAGAAACAACUCUAUGAUUAUUAA